AUGGCAUCCGACAGCAGCGACAUGGAGCAUUACUUCAGCAUCUUCAAAAACAACAAGGAAUGGGCCUUGUCAAAGCGGAAGGCCGAUCCUGCUUUCUUCGAGAAACUUGCGAGCGGACAAGCGCCCAACUACCUGUACAUCGGUUGUGCUGACAGCCGAGUCCCCGCCAAUGAGAUCAUGGGCCUCGAGGCCGGAGAGGUCUUCGUCCACCGCAACAUCGCCAACCUGGUUCCCAACGUUGACCUGAACGUCAUGUCGGUGAUCAAUUAUGCCGUGCGCCACCUUCACGUCAAGCACAUCAUUGUCUGCGGCCACUACAACUGUGGCGGUGUCAAGGCUGCGCUGACUCCCGCCGACCUGGGUCUCCUCAACCCGUGGUUGCGAAACAUCCGCGAUGUGUACCGUUUGCACGAGAAGGAGCUGGACCAGAUCGCCGAUGCCGAUGCCCGGUACAAUCGACUGAUCGAACUGAAUGUGGUGGAGUCUUGCCGUAAUGUCAUCAAGACUGCUGCUGUCCAGCAGAGCUAUGAGGCCAACGGGUUCCCCAUCGUCCACGGAUGGGUCUUCGACCUGCGCGAUGGCCUGUUGCGGGAUCUUCAAGUGGACUUCAAGACCGUCCUCGCGGAUGUCAAGAAGAUCUAUUCUCUCCCCAAAGAAUAA